GUGUGUGCGCGCGAGUGUGACACGGGAAAUUGGCGUUGCAUGACGUAGGGCUGUCACAUUUACCUGGAACAGGUUGGGCUGUCACCUGAGAAACUAAUUCCGGAUGUGGGGAAGCUUUAAAAUUGGGAAUUUUUAAUAGUGAUUGACGGGCACAUGGAAAAGCAGCAAUUUCCUUCAGCUACACCAAGUGGCCUGAACAUUGUCAAGCGGGAUUAUUGUGAGAGUGGAGAAAGGGUUAUCACAUAGACUGUGCAUGUGAUCAGAAGAGGCGUGGAUUUGCUCCUUCUGAUGGCGAAUAACAUCCCACUGGGACUGCUGGAAGCUUGUGUGGUUGUAGGAGCGUCCAGUGAUCAUCUGAAGGAGUUAUGUGUGUCUUGGCUGCAGGAUGUUAAAGAGAAAGAGCUGCUGUUGGAGGCUGAGGUGUUGCAGGUCCAUGCCCCACCAUUUGUGACUAAGGAGAAAACAAUCGAUGGUGAAGGGUAUGCCCCAGCCUUCAGUCGGGUGCAGAGAAGACGCUCGUUCUUAAAAAAGAAAAAAGAGAGCCCUUCUGUGUCCUCCAGCAAUGGGACCAAGACCACGACAGAUCAGAGUGUGCCUAAAGACAUCGACCUUAUUGCCCUGCCCCAGCUCUGUUUCCCAGGUGGGUUGAGAGUCGUCACUGAGAAUCAAGAGGACUCUUAUCACUUCCUGGUUUUCACGGAUGUCUUUGGGAACCAGACACAUGGAGUGGUGGUUCAGUAUUACAAACAAAUACAGGUACCGGUGGACACUAUUACAUACAGAAAUGGCCACUAUUUAUCCAAACCACCAAAGCUGUUCACAGCCUAUGCCAUCUGCCUCAUUUCCAAAUACCCUUACUACAAUGCUCUCAGAGACUGCCUGUCCUCGUUCCUGGUCCAGCUGAAGAAUUGCCGGAUGGCUGAGUUCGAGGAACAGGUGAAGGAAUUCUCAGCCAAACUGGCACUGGUGCCUAUCCCACCACCAGGACAGCUCCAAGUGGCAUUUAACCUAAAACCCCUGCAGAUCAUUCUUCCACCUAGACAAGACAUGGACCGUCCUGCUGUGGACCUGGACCUCCAUCUACCCUUUCUGUGCUUUCGACCUGAGCAGAUCUUACAGGUGAUCUGCAGUAUCUUGACGGAGCAGCGGGUUGUGUUGUGCUCCUCGAACUGGUCCAGGCUCACGCUGGUGGCUGAGUGCUUUAUUAUGUUCAUCCACCCCCUGCGCUGGCAACACCCUUAUGUUCCUGUCCUUUCCCGCCAGAUGCUGGACUUCCUCAUGGCUCCCACUGCCUACCUCAUGGGCUGCCAUGUCCAGCACCUUGAGGGUGUGGCUGCGGAGACAGAUGACCUGAUCCUAAUCGAUAUUGAUGAAGGAACAGUGACCUCAUCAUGUGCUGCAGACUUGCCAGAUGUGCCAGUGGCUGCCAGAGAGUGUUUUAAGAGGCGUGUGGAGGGGCUGCAGAUUCACUAUGACCUGGAAUUGUGCCGUCAUGGCAGCAGCAUGGAUGUAACUGACAUGCGGACUCGCAGGCGCCAAUGGCAGCACAAACUCAACUCUGAAAUCCUAAAUAUCAGCCUCGAGCUCAUUGUCAACAUCUUCAGAGAGGUUCAUGACCACCUAAACUUCGAGCAUCGAGUAUUCAACAGUGAGGAGUUUUUCAGGGCCCAGGAACAAGCAGACCAGCCAUUUUACAAAAAGGUCUUAGAUACACACAUGUUCCAUUCUUUAUUAAAAGAUUGUUUAAACAGGAAGAUGGAUGCUUUCGCACAAAUGAAGAUAAAUACUCGGUCAGAAGCUGGCAGAUCUCUGCCUUUUAGGCUGAAGACCAUGCCGGAGUCUCUACGGAGGCCCAAUAUGACACGCAAACAGCCGGAUUACCAGUUGCGUAAGAGGCUGGGUAUGAGUCUGCCCAACCUGGUAGAGGACUUAUCUCUGAUGGUGCCUGUGCGUCAGCUGUCCUUCCAGAAAUCUGACAAGGGAUCCCUGUUGAAGCCAGCUUUCAACAUUCCCCUAAAGCCAGUCAAAACAUUCAAACUCCCAGAAUUCCCUCCUCCUCUCGCCUAUCACUAUGUUCAGAACUAUUAUUCAGAACUCAUCAGUCAACUCAGCAAGGCCAUUAACUCUGCGUCCCCCGAGGACUCGUCCCUGCUGGCUCGCUACUACUACCUCCGUGGCUUGAUCAAUUCUGUGGCAGGAAAACGGGUGGACGCUCUGAUGGACUUCCAGAGUCUCCACAGGACAGAUAUGGACAUCUUCCCUCUGGAGCUGGUGACUACUCUGGCAGACUCGCUAAGGAAAGAAGAGCGCAACGUGGCUGAGGAGCGGCCGGAGCUGAAGCGCCUCAUCAGCCGAGUAAAGAAAAGCAGCAGCCAGGACGACUACCCUGACGGCGGCUCAGUGAAGAAGUUUGAGCUCCCACGCACACACAUGUUUUUGGACGUCUUUGUGCGCCGUGUGCAGGAGUCCGGCAUCAUCAAAGACCUGGGCACCAUCCAGCGACUGUUUCAGGCUCUGACUGUAGGUAUGGAGUCUACAGCGAAGGUCUCAGCCCAGUCUGUUUUUUAUCUUGAUUCCUCACCAGAUGGUCAACAGAAGCAAGUGGACCCAGAGGUUUUCCGCUUCUUCUACACCAUCUGGAAAGAGACAGAGGCUGAAGCACAGGAUGUGGAUUUGCCCGUGGCCGUGCUUGACCACCUGGAGGCUAAUGAGCAGGUGUACAAGCUCUCCUCGUCUGUGAAGACCAGCCAUGGUGUGGGCAAGAUCGCCAUGACUCAGCGCCGACUAUUUCUGCUCACAGAGGGACGCCCAGGUUAUGUAGAGAUCACCAAGUUUAGAGACAUAGAGGAAGUGAAGAUAUCCUCAGCUCCUUUACUACUUCUGAGGAUCCCCUCUUUGAAGAUCAAGACCAGUCUGCGGAGGGAGACGUUCGAGGCUAAUCUGAAAUCCGAGUGUGAUCUGUGGCACUUAAUGAUCAAGGAGUUGUGGGCAGGAAGGAAACUGGCAGAUGAACACAAGGACCCUCAGUACAUACAGCAGGCUCUGACAAACGCCCUGCUGAUGGAUGCUGUGGUCAGAUGCCUCCAGUCUCAGAAAGCUAUUUAUGCUGCUUCUAAAUUGGCCUACUUCGACACGAUGAAACGAGAAGUACCGAUGAUGGUGCCAAAAACAACAUCUGAGACCCUGAAGCAUAAGAUCAACCCUUGUCUGGACUUGAUGUCUCCUCAGGCUGUGGACAUCCUGCUCUAUACUCCAGGACAGCUGGGCGCAGCAUCCUCGGAUGGCGGUGGUUACCCAAAACUCUGGUGUGCUCUGAGUGAGGGGAAGGUGGUGGUGUUUGACGCAGCCAGCUGGUCCCUGCAGCAGAACUGCAUUCAAGUGGGGACCUCCCGCCUUAAUUGCAUGCUGGCAGUGGACCAGCAGCAGUUGUGGAUUGGAUCUCAGGACUCGAUCAUUUAUAUAAUCAACCCAAACAGCAUGUCCUGCAAUAAACAGCUAACCGAGCACCGCGCAGAGAUCACCGGUUUCACCCUGGAAGAAAGACCUGACAAAUACAACCACUUGCUGGCGUACUCGUGCAGUGCAGAGGGCACAGUGAUCAUUUGGGACGUGGCCACGCUGCAGGUGAAACGUGACAUCAGUCUCAACUGUGACAGACUGCAGUCCAUUCAGAUCCACAGUGGAAAACUAUGGUGCUGUGCGCGGGACUGUGUGAUGGAGGUGCGGCGGACCGGCUCAGUGCAUCGCAGGAUAUCGCUUCCUGAUCACCUCAGGGGCUCACCAUGUUCCUACAGCAGCUUCUUAGUCUUUAACGAGAGGGCCCUGAUGUGGACUGGCUGCAUAGACGCAGGUGAGCUGUGUGUGUGGCACCUCACUGACCUGGAGAAGCCCUUCCAGAGGAUCCAGCUGCCUGACUGUACCAGUGUCAAAUGCAUGAUCAGAGUCAAAAACCAGAUCUGGGUAGGAGGCUACAGUAGCAGUGGGGGAAAAGCUCGUGGAAAGAUCUACGUGGUGGACACUGAGCGCCUCCUGGUGGAGAAGGAGCUGCAGGCUCAUUCGGAUGUUGUUCAGACUCUGUGUUCAGCCGAGGAUCGCUACAUCCUCAGCGGUGCUGCUGGCCAGGAUGGAAAGAUCGCUAUCUGGAAAGUGGAAUAAUAUAAAAGAGUGAAUCAUGGGAUUCUUUUAUGAUUCUGGAAGAAGCACUUUGGCUUGACUACAUUACUGCAAGAGCAGGCACAAGGUAAAUGGUAAAAUGGCGCACUUUUAUAGCACUUUUAUCCAAAGCGCUUUACACUGGUUCUCAUUCACCCAUUCACUCACACACCAGUGGUAGCAGAGCUGCCAUGCUAGGCGCUAACUUGCCUUCAGGAGCAACUUGGGGUUCAGUGUCUUGCCCAAGGACACUUCAGCAUGUGGAGUCACGUGGACCAGGAAUCGAACCACCAACCCUACGAUUAGUGGACAACCUGCUCUACCACCUGAUCCAUAGCUGCCCCACAAGGUCACAGAGUGCUUUUAUAUACCAAGUGACUUUGAAUAUUAGUGAAUAUUUUCUAUAAUUUUCUAUUUAUUUUACACCUCGGGUUCAUAGUGAACCAAAAAGUGAAGAAAUGACUGAAAAAUAAUCUUUCUCAUAAUAGAAGAUUCAUCUAAUGAUAUCACAAAUGGCCAAUUAAAAUGUUUAUAUAAAUAGUUUUUGUUUUUUCUCCUCUCACUGCCUACUGUGCUGAAGUAAUGUUAUCAGUAUUUGGUUAUCCAAGUGGUCUCCAAACUCCUCCACAAAGGGCCGGUGUGUCUAGAGGAUUUUAUUCCAGCUAAAUUGGAGCUACAGCUAAUUAUUGUUUAAAAACCAGGAUCAAUUUAUCAAAAAGUGUAUUCACUUAUGAUUCUGGACACUUUUCUGGACCCCUCCUGAUUAAUCCAGUACUUAAAGGACUAUUUGUGCCUCUUGCUUUAUAUGUCAUGAAUGGACUUUUAAUCCAAAGCCAUAUAGAACUUGUAAUUGACUCAUGUAUACAGUCUCUUGUUUUUAAGCAAUUUCAUUUAUUUUAAAUCAGUAUCUUUUUAAUGAAGGUCACAUAAGAUGUAGUAUUAUUUUAUUUAAAAAGUACCAUUUGCAUAGCUUUCUUCUUUCAUUUUAAAGCGCUGUGUAUUCACUCAUAUGUUUGCUCAUAUUGUAAACUAUAGUUUCGUCUUGUAAACUGUAUUGUAUAAUUAACUUACAUUUUUAUCUUUUUCAUUCUUUAUCAUAAUAAAAUUAUACUUGGGUAAAAAAAUUGUUUAAUAUCCACAGGUUAAAAGGGUUAUUAAUUCAGAAUGGAUCUGAAUUCUUUGGACACCUUGUAAAGAAAACAAAACCAGACAGCUGCGUUUCACCAAGUUUUUUUUUUUUUAAACCUCCAGGGGGCAGUAGUGUGCUUUGUGUACCAUUUAUAACUGCUAGGUAGCUUUUGUUACAACCUAUGCAUUUAAAAUAUUAUUUAUAUGUAUAUUGAGCUUGUUCUAAUUCCACUAAAAGUAUGGAAUUUAACUAAUUAUAAGUAUACAAGCAAAAGCUUUCAGUAGCAGGACCGCAAAGUCUAGGCUGCAGUCUGGACAGGUUGUGUCUCAGUAGAACUGUUCUAUGAAGAUUCUUUCCCACUGUUGGGUGUCAGUAUCGACCUGGUGUUUAUUGAUUAAUAAAGCCACUAUUAUAAUUAGCAAACAUUUUAGCAACCAUUAUCUAUAAAUGUAUUGAUUUUAAUUUAAAUGCAGUUUACCCGUGAUGAUAUAUUUUACUAGAAUGUAUGCAGGACCUGGGCAGCAUGGUGGCACAUUGUGGUUGAUUGGGUUUCCUUCCACCUCCCAAAACAAACUUGUAUGUUGAUUGGAAGCUCUAAAUUCUCAUCCAGGAGCAGUAUCCACUACGACCCUGACCAGGACCAGAAGAUAAAUGUGUAAGGGUGCUUCUUAUUUCUUAUUUGUGCCACCUCAUUUCCUUCCCUUGCUUCCUUUCCUUGCAUGUUACCUCCACCCCCUUAGGAUGCUAAGGAAGGAUUCAAGGAUGAGAUGCAAGGAGAGAGGAAUUGUAUCUGAUGUGCUGUUAUGUUGUUUGAGCUUAGUUAAUGUAAUUCUUAAUAAAGCAAAAUGCACUGACA